AUGUUAUCGGAAGCCUUUGUUACAUCCAUUCGGGCGCAGCCCAAAUCUGCCCAUACCGCCAUCGCGAAGGAUGUUGGAAUAUAUCUUCACGAAUUGCAUCCGAACCACACGAUCAAAUCCUCCUUCAAGAAGAGCUCGACCCCUGUCAAUGCAUUGGCUGUCAGCACCACCCACAUCUUCGCUGCCCAGGCAGACAAGGCUGUCGUUCAUGUGUACUCGAGGGAGCGGGGAAACCAGGAGUCCUUGGUCUCGUUUCCAGAACGCAUACAGAGCUUGACAUUAAUUGGGGAUGGGGUUUUAGCUCUUGGAACAGCGGAAGGGCGGGUUAUACUCUGGGAGGUUUGUACCGGCAGACAAGUGUCCACUCCCACCUCACACUUGCAAGCUGUCUCGUGUCUGGCCGCGAGUCAAUGGCAUCUUGUGUCCGGCUCCGAAGACUCGAAUAUCCAUGUGUGGUCGGUUCCGCGCCUUUUGUCUCUGUCGUGGAAGGAAACACACGAGCCUCUGCGGAGUCUGUCCAACCACCGUGCGGCAGUAAUACACCUGGCCGUGGGCCACAGUUCCAGUACUACAAACAUCUGUGUUUCAUCUGGCAAGGAUAAUACGGUCAUUGUUUGGAACUACCAUUCCGGAGAUCUCCUUCGGACAUUUCUUCUCUCGUCGACGCCACUCUGCUUAGCUCUAGAUCCGUGCGAUCGGGCAGUCUACGUUGGGUUCGAGGACAGCUCAGUGCAACUGAUUGAGUUCAUCCAGCCAGAUUCUAUACUCAAUCCGCUUUAUGACACCCGACAGCAAACUACGCCGGUGCAAAUCACCCUUCCUCCAUGGACAGCUCCAUUGGAAGCAGGCGCAGCUCUGUGCAUCGGGCUCAGUUACGAUGGGACUUAUCUUCUGACGGGACAUUCUUCAGGCAAAAUUGCUCAAUGGGAUACUGGAAGACGUUCUUUUUCCGCCGAGCUUGCUGACCUGAAUGCUCCUGUCACUAAUCUCUUCAUGUUAGCCCCGUUUCCGGAAACGAGAUUGACUAGGCCACAAACCGUGGUGAAGCCCAAGCUUGGUGAGAGCAAUUACACCUUUACGGCCCAACUGACUGGAUCAAUGGGCAAUAGUGCCUUUGGUCAUGCCGUCUCCACUCCGGGGUUCUCGUUAGAAUUGCUUGAGGAUUCCAUCUCAAGAAUUUCCGGGCCUUCGGCAACAUCUCCCAGCGGAGAUGACAAGCUUCGGAAGGAGAAUGACGAGCUUUGGCAAAUAAUCAGUGAGCAGCGCGAACUGCAGAAGCAAACUUGGGACAAGUAUACCAAGCUCAAAUCCCGUGGUCCCUGA